CAAAAGAAUUGAGAGCAGACAAGUUAAACUUGCAAAGUAGAAUCUGCGCUAGGACCCCGCGUAUCAGCGCGAGCAGGCGACGGAAUGCGCGCACUGGGGUAGUAACUGAAUUUCAGUGGGACAGAGUGGCUAGCAAAACCGCUAGAUUUUGUGAAUACAGAGUAUCCGAUCAGGACCAGUUCAACCGUCUUCCAAAUUAACUCAGUUACUUUCAGACAAAGUUUAAUUUAAGUUGACACCCGGAGAUAUCUUCAGAACAUCGUGCCAAACGUAUUUCUAAAUCUAUGAAUAAACUUAAACGGUGGAGGGCAUCAGAUCUUAUUCAAUUCAGUAUGGAAUUUGAUUAAAACCACUGAAGUUUGGAUAUAGGUGGUUUGGACAGAUAAUGGUAACCAAAUUCUAUUUGUGACAAUCAAAUCCAGUGUUGACGCGUCGAAGUGUGUAUCAAGGAGAUACAAAGUGACGGAAAUUGGACAAAUACUUAAUCUUCAUCUCGAAUCUUUACAUUUCAAGUAGAGUUUUAGUUCAGGACAACUGAACGGGGUGAGCUUUACUGGUAUUUUCUUAUAGAUGAAAGCCACAUAGGACUAUGUGCGCACGAACUUGACAUGGCAUAAUGGAAAGCUAGAAAAUUGGGAGUGCCAAAUACUGGGAAUGACUUAUUACUAGUAAGUUUCUAGAAUCUUUGAAUUUGAAUUUAAACGGAAAUUGGCAAUUUGUCACACAUUUGUAAAAAAAAAAAAAAAAAAAAAAAAAAAGCUGUUUUCUUCCUGUCAUCGCCACAGACACCUUCGUGGUGGAGAAAUGGGAUGACAGGGGGCAGCUGAGGUGAGACUGAUAAGGACAAUGAUUGUGCCCGGCGUUGGCAUCCCGCGCCCGGAGCGUCUGUUGCUGAUGUUGGUCCUGCUGUCUGUCUCUGAGUCGAGGCUCACUCAAGCUUGCCCUGGGCUCAUCACUAGUGGCUGCAGCUGUACCGAUGACCGCUCCAAAGCCCACUCCACUCAGACUGUUCGGAAAAGAGUCCGCUGCGGUAACGAAGAGCUUUCUGAAACUCCCGAGUCCGGUCUGCUACCGAACCAGACCGUUACUUUAAUUUUGAGCAACAAUCGUAUCAGGGUCCUGAGAAAUGGAUCCUUUGUUGGACUCUAUGCCCUGGAGAAACUAGACCUCAGGAGCAACCUCAUCAGCACCAUCAUGCCUGGAGCCUUCCAAGGUUUAUCUGCUCUUCGGAAGCUUGACCUGUCCAACAACCGCAUCGGCUGCUUGACUCCAGACAUGUUCCAGGGACUCACCAACCUCACCAAACUGAACCUCUCUGGAAACAUCUUAUCUACCUUGGACUCGGGGGUCUUUCAGGAGCUCCACUCUCUUAAGCAAGUGAACUUCAACUCUGACUUCCUGUCAUGUGACUGUGGGCUGCGCUGGGUGCCAGGUUACUUUCCUACCAGUACAGCGUGGCUGGGGGACGAGACCGUCUGUGCCUAUCCCAAAAGCCUCCAUGGAAAGCCUCUGCGUGGACUGAGGGAAAGUCAGCUGAGCUGUGAUGGGCCUCUGGAGCUGCACACCCUGUCUCUCCUGCCCUCCCAGCGCCAGGUGGUCUUCAAGGGGGACCGAAUGCCCUUCCACUGCACUGCCUCCCUGGUGGACAAAAUCACUGCGAUGCACUGGCGCCACAAUGGCCAGCUGGUGACCUCUGACCCUGAACAGGGCAUCAGUCUGGAGGCCAGCGUGGUGCAUGACUGCACCUUCAUCACCAGUGAGCUCAUCCUGUCCAACGUGCAUGUGGAGGCCAGUGGAGAGUGGGAGUGUGUGGUGGCCACUGGGCGGGGCAACACUUCCCGCAGUGUGGAGAUAGUGGUGCUGGAGAACAGUGCCUCCUUCUGUCCGGAGGAGAGAGUCACUAACAACCGGGGGGAGUUCAAGUGGCAGAAGACCCUGGCAGGUAUCACCUCCUACCAGUUCUGUCUCCAGCUGCGCUACCCCUCCCUGUCCAUGGGGGGUGGUGUGGUGCAGAAGCAGGCAUCACGCUACUGUGACCGCUCAGGGAGCUGGGAGGAGGGAGACUAUGACAACUGUCUCUACACUAACGACAUCACACGGGUCCUACACACCUUCAUCCUGAUGCCCAUCAAUGCCUCUAAUGCGGCCACUCUGGCACGUCAGGUGCGUACCUACACUGUGGAGGCAUCCGGUUUCACUGACACCAUGGACGUGAUGUACGUGGCCCAGAUGAUGGAGAAAUUCAUGGAAUAUAUCCGACCACUGAGAGAGCUGUCAGAGAUGCUGGUGGACAUGGGCAGUAACCUGAUGCAGGUGGAUGAUCAGAUCCUGGCCCAUGCCCAGAGAGAGAAGAGAGCCUGCAGCUCCAUAGUCCACUCUCUGGAGACUCUGGCCUGGCCCCAGCUACACAGCCAUGCCCAGGACCUCUCCAUGAUCUCCAGGAACAUUGUGAUGGAGGCCCACCUUAUCCGUCCGGCCCACUUCACUGGAAUGAGCUGCACAGCCUACCAACGCAGGGAGACGUUGUUAGGCAACCUGGGCAUGGAGGGGGCAGAGCCCACCCACGAACAGCAGCUCCGCUUCCGCUGCACCACUGGCACCCACAACACCUCCCUAAACAACUUCCCCAUGAAGAAUGCUGUAGCCCUGGCCUCUGUGGUUCUUCCUGCCUCUCUGUUCCCCCCGGACGCCCCGUCAGACUGUAAGCUCCAGUUUGUGGCGUUCCGUACAGGGAGGUUCUUCCCUUUCUCUGGGAACUCCAACGGUCCUGGAGAGCACGUCCGCAGACACAGUAUCAACAGCCCAGUGGUCUACGUAGGCUUGGACGGGUGCAGUCUGUGGAACCACUCGGAGGCUAUCCUGGUGUCCCUGCGUCACUUGACCCCAGGCAGCGAGCCGGUGGCGGCCCACUGGAGCUUACAGGCACUGCUGCAGAAGCAGGGGGGGUGGAGCCAGGAGGGCUGCCAACUAGCCCACACGGACUCUGCCACCUCCACCCUGCGCUGCUCUGUGCUCAGCAACUACGCUGUGUUGCAGGAGGUUCCUGACUUCCCCCACUCCCCACCCAUGUCAGUGAGGGUGCUCCACCCUGUGGUUUACACCUGUACUGCAAUCCUCCUCCUCUGCCUCUUCACCAUCAUCAUCACACACAUACUACACCACAGUUCUAUAAAUAUAUCCAGAAAGAGCUGGCACACCUUACUCAAUACCUGCUUCCACAUCGCUAUGACCACAGCUGUGUACACAGGAGGCAUCACCCUGACCAGCUACCCAAUGGUGUGCCAGGCAGUGGGCAUCGCUCUACACUACUCCUCCUUGUCUACUCUGCUGUGGAUCGGUGUCAGCGCCAGAGUCCUCUACAAAGAGUCUGUCUGGAGGAUACCACGGCAACCAGAGGGAGAGUCUACUGUUCCCCCUACUCAGCGGCCUAUGCUCAGGUUCUAUCUAAUAGCUGGUGGUGUUCCUCUCAUCGUAUGUGGCAUCACAGCAGCUGUCAACGUCAACAACUAUGGGGACAACAACCCUUACUGCUGGUUGGUGUGGCGGCCCAGUUUGGGGGCCUUCUUUGUCCCCGCAGGCUUGGCGGUAUUGGUGACCUGGAUCUAUUUCCUGUGCACUGUGUUUCGCCUGAGGCACCGGGUGUCCAAAGAGUGCCCAAGAUUCUCCCUGUCCUCCCCUGUGCCUGAGAGCCAGCCAGCCCUGGGUGGCAGCACCAGCCUCCUGUCCACAGACUCUGUGGUGGGGACCAUACAUGCUGCGUUGACCCCAGAGGACCAGUACACCCUGAAGGUGCAGUUCCUGGUGCUGGUAGCCACCCACUUCCUGUUCCUGGCCCUGUGGAGCUGUGGAGCCAUGGCCAUGUGGCUGACAGGGCGCAGCAGCCUAUUGUUCAGCUGUCUCUAUGGAGUAGCUGCCACCGUGUUGGGGGUUUUCCUGGUGGUCCACCACUGCUUCCUACGCCUGGACGUGCAGGCCUCCUGGCUAAGGUGUUGUCCAGGAAAUCGGCUCUCCCAGCCCAUACCAGUCUACACACACACCUGCACCACUGUGAGUGGGGUGCAGACCACCUCUGAACAGGGAUCCCAGAUCUUCAUUGGCUGCCAUCCUCCAGGAGAUCCCCACAACACCUCAUCAGCCAGGUCCUCCUCCACCCCCAGUGGGAUCAGCAGUGUGGGCCCUGGGCCCUGCAAACUUACCAACCUGCUGCAGGUGGCACAAGAAAAUACCAACAAUGCCACGCGUGCCCCAGCAGGCAUCAACACCAGCACCAGUACAGACAAUAACAACAAGCAAGCUAACAACCUGCUGCCCACACUAGGCUCUGUAGCCCCUGUCCAGCCUCAGAGGAGGAAGGUCAGUGGCAGAACUAAACAAGGGAGCAGUCAGUAUCACCACCGAGGUGAAGGCAGAGGUCACUACCGUCUCAAAGCCAUGAGGACUGGUGGGGGAGGGGGCAGUAUGGGAGCACUGGGACCUACAGGUAUAGAGCAGCACAACACUGCCCAUCCAGCCCACAAACAGGCUACUAGUGAGAAUGGCAGUCUCCAUCACAGCCACUCUGAAAGCCCAGCCAGCCCGCUAACCAACGGUAACGGUAGGAGAGUGGGGGGGACAGUGACCACCAGCCCCUCAGAGGGUAGCGACGGGGGCAGCAGCGGCAGCCGUAAGCCCUUCCCUCUGCUCCCCUCUGUGGCCAGCAGGGUGGCCAUGCAAGGUAAUAGGUGCAGCGCCAGCCGAGACAAUCUGAAACUGGCAGUGGCUGCAGAGCGGGAAGCUAAGCGCUGCUCCUACCCUCUGAACAGUAUCACUACCACUGUGCCAGGGGCUGCCCCUAACGGCAUCAUCAAGAGCUCUGUGAUAGAGCUGGAAUUGGACACAAGUUGUACAGACCAUUCCCAGAGCUCUGUGGGCAUGAAAAGUAUGUGGAAGAGUGAAACUACAGUGUGACACUCACUCUCUCCCAGCAAAUGUCCACAGUGGACCCUGGCAAUAUUUGAUAUGACUGCUGUUGUUGUAGUGUCCUACACCUAUAGAGACAAAUCCUGAUCUGAGAUCCAUGUGUGUAACUCCCCAGCUAGCAUAUAACGUUCUGAGAACCAUAUGUUUCUUAUAGAGCUUGGUGAGAGCAUGGUUGUCCUAUGGUUUUUUUGUAUAAAACCUUCCCACAACCUUUCUGCAAAUGGUGCAGGAGAGUUGCUUGUCUUUGGAACAUUCUCAGCACAUUCAAGGAGCUUGACCAAAAAAACGUUCAAACAUGGUUACAUUUAAUAAAAAUGUUGGUAAUGUUCUAGAAACAUUCUCCAACUGGUUUGACAUUUGGAAUGUUGUCAAAUAGUUCAGAGAACUUUAAGAAACAACGUUCUUCUGUGGGAAUGUCAGUACUUGAGCAUAAUGUUUCCUACAGGUUUCGAAUAAAACAUAAUUAAAUCUAAAUGUAUUUGUCACAUGCUUCGUAAACAACAGGUGUAGACUAACAAUGAAAUGCUUACUUACAGGUCCUUUUCCAACAAUACAGAGUUAAAGAUAAAGAUAGAAAAUCUAAAUAGUGUCAUGGUUAUAUUUAAGGUCAUGUUCUCAAAUUGUUCCAAGAACGUUAAGAAACAACGUUGUUCUCUGGGAAUGUCAUUACCAUAGAAUAACGUUUUCUACAAGCUUCUUCAAGGUUCUAAUUAAAGUCAUGUUCUCAAAUUGUUCCGAGAACAUUAAGUUAACUUUCCAUAAAAAAAACACAACAAAACUAUAGUAACGUUCAGAAGAAGUUUUAAGAAUGUUAUUUAAAAACAUAUAUUUCCAUUCAUCCGCAUCAAUGAAACUCUUUCUAUCCUCUAUCUUGUUAAGUGUGUUCAGGUGUGUUGGCCUUGCCCACUAAUUGGCCAUAACCGAGUGCUUCUUUCCCUGUAAAAUGGGGUCCAUUUGAAUAGACUAAAAUUAAAAGCUUUGUACUCGUAAAAAAACAUGGCAUGCUAGCUCCAUCUGGGUGGCGCAGUGGACUAAUUCCAUGAAUAGAGAACGUAAGAUUAUAGGUUUGAAUCUCACUGAUGCAUCACAAUAAAAAAUACAUGUUUUUGCAUGAUUAAUUCCUAAGGAAAUUAAUUUCCAUGUGUCCUGUCUGUGCUUGGAGUUCAAUAAAGUUGACUCAAAAUAAGCUAGUUGUGUUGCUAAAAGUCUUAUUGAAACAUUCAGUUAACGUAAUCCAAAAACCUCCAGAUCACCUAUAAUUUCCGUUCUCAGAGCACUGGGUGAGACUUUCGUACAUUUCAUGUAAAUAAUUGCAAAGAACUUCAAGUUGCACUUGUGGAUCUCAAAUUGGGAUUCAGCUCAUAAUGAGGUUUUUAUUUUAAAUGUGUAAAGGAGAUAGAUCAUGGGGUUGGAGAUAGAUCCUGGGGUUGGAGAUAGAUCAUGGGGUUGGAGAUAGAUCAUGGGGUUGGAGAUAGAUCAUGGGGUUGGAGAUAGAUCAUGGGGUUGGAGAUAGAUCCUGGGGUUGGAGAUAGAUCAUGGGGUUGGAGAUAGAUCAUGGGGUUGGAGAUAGAUCAUGGGGUUGUGUUGCUUCUGACUUUUGCUUCCAUCACAGUGAUGGUAUGGGAUGUGUACUUUCAUCUCUGUCACUUAUGAACUGUUUGUUGGGUUUGCCAGGAAUUCAAGGCCUGUCUUUUGUGUACCUAAAAUACUCAUUUAUUCACAGGAAGUUUUACAAGCUAAGUCUAAAAUUGACAUAAGAUGUUAAUUUUGGAUACCUUAAAGGGGCAAUUUGCAGUUGUAUUCUUAUUCUGUGCAUAUCAACUAUAGCAUGAAAUGGAAUCUGAGAUUGUCCAUUUGUACAGUACGGCUAUGCAUUGCCUCUGUGAAGAAUCCUUUUGCUCUUAUUAUGUUGACUUGUAUUAUUGUGUGUGUGUGUGUGUGUGUGUGUGUGUGUGUGUGUGUGUGUGUGUGUGUGUGUGUGUGUGUGUGUGUGUGUGUGUGUGUGUGUGUGUGUGUGUGUGUGUGUGUGUGUGUGUGUGUGUGCGUGUGCUUCCGUGAAUAUGUGUUUGUGUGUGAGAUCCUUAAUCUAGGAUGAGAGAAUGCAGUUUGUAAAAUAAUAUGUUUUUACUAAAACUCGGAUUCAAAUACGCAUCAGCACUGAGAGGGAACUUCUCCCCUUCAUGAACAGGUUGGACAAGUAUCGGUGUUUGGAUAAAAUGAACUAAGAGUGACGUUUCUUUGACCCUGGCAUGUACUCGGAAAUGUUCCUGGUUAUUUUUCAUAUGAACUGCCCCAUCCUUCUUCCUUUUUCCGUUUUCCCUUACUGGCCUAUGUUCAGUUCGGGAUAAAAACGUACUGUAACAUUCAAUUAAACGGAAACAGUGCUGUUCUGAAUGACCAGUUCAAAAACAGGGAGGGAUUGGGUUGUGGGCUGUGGAACGCUGUCAGCAUGGCCGCUACCCUUUAAAUAUGUCACUCACUGCUUCAAGCCACACCCCACCAAACGGAGAAAACGUACCUCAAAGUCUGUUCAAGAACGUUGAAGAACAAUUUGGGGAAAUGUGUCAUUCGGUACAAAUGGUUACACAGUGUACCAAAUGUUCAAUCGAACUGAACGCACGCUCUCACACCCUCGGAGUUUCAAAUCUCUGGAUUUACACUUAUCUAAACACUGCCCCCUCCAGGAUUUCAAACAUCAUUGUUCAUGCGCUGACAAGUCAAAGGGAUGCAUCAGUAAAACCAUGUUCAGUUUGUCAUCUGCAUCAGGAGACUAUGUUAACGCUUGUUAAAUUAUGUGGUAAAUGGCUCUGGUUUCUAACACAUUAAUCAAGAUACAGUAAGUGCUUACUGACCCCCCCCCCCCCCCACGCUCCCCACACAUACACACACACACACAUUUACCUCAUAAACGAAUGGCUUAGAAGCUUGUUACAGUAAAAAUCAACUACUUCUACACUAUUUCUUUCUAUCAAUGUACAAAGCUCAGAGUAAAGGCAAAAUAAAUGAUGACAGAACUGAUUCAUGUUAUCUACAUAAUUGCCUCAUGUUUCUUCACACACUUUAUCAUCCAAUAUUGUGUAAAAUCAUAUUAUGCUAUUUUGAUCUUGAGUAUUCUUUCAGAGUGUGUAAGAAUGCAACAACUCAGUGCAUCUUAGAUAAACUCCUCUAAACAACUCCAAUGUGUUCAGGGAAAUUAUUAUGCCAAAGAAUUUUGUAGAAUAGCAGAGCUUACCUCAACAUCAGUGUUUAGCAAAUUGGAUGCAUUUCAUAGAUUGUAUCCUUAUUCUAGGUCCUGAAAUCUCCCUUUGGGUUAAUGUUAAUAACUCAAACUCACAAAGCUCAGAUUUGUGAUAAGUACAAAGCAGUGGUAUCAUAUACGUGAAUACAUGUAUUGCAUUUAAUUGUUGAGGGGAUGUCAAACUGCUAAACCUGCGGUAGUGGCCGGUCACAACAUGUUUAUAUAACCUGUGUCUGAUAUUCAUGAGUUUACCUUCUACAACACGUUGUCACUGGAAAAAAACACCCUUCUUAUUCCACUUAUUGACAUUAGGUAUUAAAUGUCAAAAUGUGCAAGAACACAAUGAUAAAAUGUGUCAUCUUUUCACUCAUGGUUACCCAGAUUUACAUUUCAUCCAUUUACUAACAUUCAUCACAUUGGUGAUAGGUCCCAAAAUGAUUUCCAAGUUUUGUGUCCACUUUCAUCUCAAAUUGAAAAAGGGAGAUUUCAAAAUGUUGUAUGUAUAUUUAUAUUUUAAUUUGUCACAGUGACAUCAGAAUGAAAUGAUUGUGACAAAUAACUGUUUUUAAUUCAAUAAUAUAUUGUUCAAGAAAUUCAGACUGUGCCUUAUAGAAAAAACUCAUGCAAAAUUAAAAAAAAUACAACUUUG